AUACUACUGGCACUUUGCUGCAGUGCUCCUGGAUACAAAGUAUUAGAGGAAACGGAAUACAAAAUGCACUUUUUUUUUAUCAUCUUUCGAUUUGACCAGCUUGUGCACUGUCCGUUAUUUUUUCAUGCAUGGUUUCUGUAGAUUGUCAACAUGUUCUGUUAUACACUAUACUUAGUUAAUGCCAUUUUCAGAAUGGAAACCUGACUGAAAUCAGCACCAUGACGACAGCAAUUAUGUUUAGCUCCUGGCCUUGGCGAAAGGGAAGACCAAAAGACUCCUCAGUAUCUGCUUCGGCCAGCAGCACGUCUCGUUGUUCAACCUCCACCAGCUCCACCACAUCCUCAGGGACUCGUUCAUCUGGUGUGCCCAGUGACGGCUGCUCAUGUGUCAGCCAGACAGACCGCCUAUGCCCUGGUGGUGCUGCCUCACCUGGUGGUUCAGGAAGCCCCUCUUCAGGUAGAACUGUGUGUAGUAUAAGCAGCUCGUCAGAGUUAACCUCUCGUGCCUCCACGACACCGAGUCUCCCGGCGUGCUUGGACAGCGCCUUUCGCCGGAGCCUGGACUACGACCUGUGUGUGUGUCACAGUGAGCGGGACGACGACGAGGCCUUGCGAAUGGUGACCUACCUGGAGGCUCCGGUCAGGAGCCUGCGCUGCUUCUUGCCCCUCAGGGACUGUUGCCCGGGCAGCGCUGUGUCCACCGAACUCUACAAGGCCGUGCACAGCAGCCACUGCUGGGUGCUGCUCAUCACCUCUCAUUUCCUGCAGGACGAGUGGUGCUUGUACCAGAUGCAGCAGGCCUUGAUGGAGGGACCCAUGGCACGCAGGAUCAUACCCACUAAGCUGCACUUGCCUUUCUCCGAGUGCCCCAAAGAACUGCGUUUCUACUUCAUUAUUGACCUCGGCCAGGAUACUAGUCGUGGAUACGAUAAGGUUUACAAGGCGGUGCUUCAGUAUCUGAAGAGUGGCUUGGAGAAAGAUGAAAGCAAAACUGUUGUCUCAAUGUCUGACCCAAACAAUAGCAAUUUCACUUCCUGCAAUGGAGUUGUGGAUUUGCGUCACAGUUUGACCACAGUGCAGCAGCACUCAACUGCCUCAUCGCCUGAGAAGUGUAACAUCAUGUGAAUUGAUUCAUAACGACACAUUACUUUCCCACAAACAGCAAUUUUGGAAUAUCAAAUCACUGACAAUGCUGACACUUUUUUGGAAUCCCAAACAGGAAAGGUUUUAUUCUGAAAAGCAUAGUUAAACUAUGGCGUACACAGUUCUCAGUUGCACUUUACACAUUUAGCACACAGCAUCCAAUAACAGA